AUGAACCAAGCAAUCGCUCAUCCGCUGGCCGAUGCGUACAUGAAGCUUGAAGCGGCGAAACUAGCAACGUAUCACGCUGUGAGGCUGUAUGAUGAGAGCGGGGAGGUGAGAGAGGAUAAGAUUAGGGUCGCCGCGAAUAGUGUAAAGUACAUGGCUGCUGAAGCGGCGUUUGCGGCGUGCGAGAGGGCGGUGUUGACGCUUGAGGGAUCGGGUAUGCGGUUGAGUAUGAUGUUGAGAGGUGGUUAG